AUGUUACGACUGGUCUCCUCGGCGUCGAAGCCCGCCUCGACGGGGAGGCUCGUCAAGGUCGUCCGCACUUCCUGUUCCUCUCGUGGCGGUCGCCGGACAAUCUCGUCGACGUCGCCCCGCUACGCCGACAUUACGCUGACUGUGGAUGGAAAAGAAGUGACAGUGCCUCAGGGGUCUGCGUUGAUUCAAGCAUGCGAGGCUGCUGGAGCAACAAUUCCUCGAUUUUGUUAUCAUGACAGGCUGGCAAUAGCUGGUAACUGUCGUAUGUGCUUGGUGGAGGUUGAGCGGUCCCCGAAGCCUGUCGCUUCAUGCGCCAUGCCCGCUAUGCCUGGAUCGAAGGUGUUUACCAACACCCCUCUUGUGCAUGAGGCUCGCGAGGGUGUUAUGGAGUUCCUGUUGGCGAACCAUCCUCUUGACUGCCCGAUUUGUGAUCAGGGAGGGGAAUGUGACCUCCAGGACCAGUCGAUGCGCUACGGCGCCGACCGCACACGCUUCCACGAGAUCACUGGCAAGCGCGCCGUGGAGAACAAGGAUCUCGGUCCGUUAGUGAAGACGUCAAUGAACCGCUGUAUCCAGUGCACGCGGUGCGUCCGGUUCGCUAACGAGGUCGCUGGCGUCGAGGAGUUUGGUACCACCGGUCGGGGCAAUGAUCUGCAGAUCGGGAUGUACGUUGAGAAGACGAUGGACUCGGAGUUAUCGGGCAACGUCGUCGACCUGUGCCCUGUCGGCGCAUUGACGAGCAAGCCUUACGCGUUCCACGCGCGUUCGUGGGAGCUCAAGCACACUGACUCGAUCGAUGUCUUGGACGCGCUCGGUUCCAAUAUUCGUGUGGAUUCGCGUGGAGUGCAGGUGAUGCGCAUCCAGCCUCGCCCAAAUGACGACGUGAAUGAGGAGUGGAUCAGCGAUAAGACGCGUUAUGCGUAUGACGGUCUGCGCUUCCAGCGGUUGACAACGCCGCUGGUCAAGCAGGGUGAUCGCUUCGUGCCUGCGACCUGGGAGGACGCUCUUACUGCCAUCGCGAAUGGUUUGGCCAGCUCAGGUGCUCAAGGCGACGAGAUUCAAGCCGUCGCCGGUCAUCUCGCCGACACUGAAGCAAUGGUCGCUCUCAAGGAUCUCGUCAAUCGCCUUGGCUCGGAUAACCUCGCUCAGGAUCAUGUUGGUGGCCAUGCUGCUCCUAUACACGCGGUGGAUGUGCGCUCCAACUACCUUUUUAACUGCACUAUUCCGGGUGUAGAACAGGCGGACAUGAUUCUCCUUGUUGGUAGCAAUCCCCGUCAUGAGGCAGCCGUCCUCAACUCGCGUAUUCGCAAGAGCUGGCUGCACACGAGCUUGGAGGUCGGCCUCAUUGGCGAACGUGUGGACACCACAUACGGCUAUGAUUACCUGGGCGAGGGUGCGAAGGCUAUUGCGGACUUCGUCGCUGGCAAGGGUCCUUUCGCUGCGAAGUUCAAGGCCGCGAAGAAGCCGCUGAUUAUCGUUGGGAGUGCGUUGACGGAGCACCCUGAUGGUGCUGCGGUAUAUAAUGCCUUGGCAAAGUUCGCUGAGAAAAACAAAGACACCCUUGUUACUCCUCAGUGGAAUGGUUUCAAUGUUCUUCACCGGGCCGCUUCUCGUCCUGCUGCAUACGACAUCGGCUUCAUUCCUUCGAAGAAGGCCUCAGCGACCCGUCCGAAGUUUAUCUACCUCCUGAAUGCAGACGAAAUCGACCCCAAAUCAAUACCUCAAAACGCAUUUGUUGUUUAUCAGGGGCAUCAUGGUGACCUCGGCGCACAGCUGGCAGAUGUCUGUCUCCCAGCCCCUGCGUACACCGAGAAGUCAACAACUUGGGUGAACACGGAAGGGCGAACACAGUUGGGUCGUGUAGCUGUCCCUCCCCCUGGUGCUUCGCGCGAGGACUGGAAGAUUAUCCGCGCUCUCUCUGAAGUAGUAGGUUCCCCUCUGCCGUAUGACGACGUUCUGAGCCUACGGGACCGCAUGUGGGAGAUCUCGCCCACACUCGUGCGUUAUGAUGUCACAGAGCCAACGUCGCAAGACGUGGCACUGGCUGGAUUGAAGACCCUAGUCGCAGGCACUGCCGGAGCGAAGGUGUCCGGUACACCCUUCACGAAGCCGAUCAGCAACUUCUACCAGACUGACCCGAUAUCUAGAGCUUCUGUAACGAUGGCACAGUGCACCCGCGCGUUUGUCAAGGGCGAAAACUAUGGCUUCAGUGAGCUGUCUGACGCGUCGGAAGCGGCAUUCGCAUAG